ACGACAUUCCCAUGACCCCAUCGAAAUAGCUGCAUUGUCUGCAGCAAUAGCAAGCUUCCCCACGUUUUCUCCGCAAGUCGCCCCAGACACGCUCUCCCCAGUCUGCAACUAUGGCAGUGCAUUCGAAGCUGCUUCCUCCAGAUCGCACAAUCAAAGGCAUCGUGUCGGAGCUCACGACAUUAUACUUGAAGCAUCGAACGAACAUCUCUCGAACCGUCUACAUUACCCUUUUUCUAGCCCUCCUCAAUCGCAUACGGUCUGCCAUCUCCGAACAGAAGGCGGCAGCUAUCAGACAAGCAGCAGCGAGACAGAGAGGGGCAACUACACUAGGUCAUGGAGAUGCGCCGAAGAAGCCUAAGGUGGAGCUCAAUCGGGAGUUCUUCAGGAAUCUGUUCAAGCUCCUAAGGAUAUGCAUACCGGGAUGGAAGAGCAAAGAAUUAAGGCUCUUGAUCAGCCAUAGCAUAUUCUUGGUAGUCAGAACUCUGAUCAGUUUGAAAGUGGCUGCCAUGGAUGGUGCUUUAGUCUCGAGUCUGGUUAGAGGUAGGGGCAAGGACUUCUUGAUUGGCAUUGUGUGGUGGAUGUUGAUUGCUGUGCCUGCGACUUUCACAAAUUCUAUGCUUGCCUAUCACCAAUGCAAACUCUCGUUGCAGUACCGGACACGGUUAACGAAUUACAUCCACGAAAAGUAUCUCUCGAAUAUGACAUUCUACUCUCUGUCUGCGUUGGACGACCGGAUAAAGAACGCAGAUCAGUUGAUUACGGUGGAUGUUUCCAAGUUUGCGAAUAGUUUGGCAGAAUUAUACGGAAAUCUGGCAAAGCCAACUUUGGAUAUGUUAAUCUACAACUAUUCGUUGUCGAAGAGUGUUGGUGGAGAAGGGCUCUUCUUCAUGUCGUUGCUUGUACAACUAUCGGCAAAUGUGAUGCGAGCUUUAACACCACCUUUUGGAAAAUAUGUAGCCGACGAGGCGAGGCUGGAGGGCGAGUUUCGAUUCGAGCAUUCAAGAUUAAUAGACUACAGCGAGGAGAUUGCACUGUACAACGGGCACGAAGCAGAAAAGGAUACAUUGGAUAAGGGAUAUUUUACUCUGAUUAAACAUGUUAAUUACAUUCUACGACGGCGAUUUACUCAUGGUAUCAUGGAGGACUUCAUAAUAAAAUAUGUUUGGGGAGCAUUGGGACUGGUUCUUUGCAGUGUUCCUGUCUUCUUCAAGAUUCCUGGAGCCACGGCUCAAACUAUGGGUGACCGGACAGAGAGUUUUGUCACCAAUCGACGACUUCUCUUAUCUAGCUCAGAUGCCUUUGGCCGAGUCAUGUUCUCAUACAAAGAAGUUACCGAGCUUGCUGGAUACACAUCUCGAGUUGCGACGUUGCUCGAAGUCAUGGACGAUAUCAAGGCGGGUCGAUUCGAGAAGACCCUCGUUUCGGACGAAGAGUCCGGCGAGCAGCUGGAGCUCAUGAAAGGACGUGGGACUGUGAUAGAGAGUGAGGACGUCGAAUUCAUUGAUGUCCCAAUAAUCACGCCAGGAGGUAGUGUCCUGGUUAAAGCACUCUCAUUCUCCAUGAAACCUGGAGAUCACGUAUUAGUUGUUGGGCCCAAUGGCUGCGGAAAGUCCUCAUUAUUCCGCAUCCUUGGUGGACUUUGGCCUGUGUAUGGAGGCACAGUCCGCAAGCCUCCCCUCUCACAAGUAUUUUACGUUCCUCAGCGACCAUAUUUGAGUGCUGGCUCGCUUCGGCAGCAAAUUAUCUACCCAGAUUCUCUUCGCAUCAUGAGAAGUAAGGGUAUCACAGAUCACGAUCUUCUAGAGAUCCUUCGUAUCCUUGACCUCGACCAUCUAGUGGAGUCUUUCUCAGAAGGAUGGGACGCAGAAGCCGAAUGGCGAGAUGUGUUGUCUGGUGGCUUGCAACAACGUGUCGCGAUGGCUAGGUUGUUUUACAAUAGACCGAAGUAUGCCAUUCUCGACGAAUGUACCUCAAGCGUUACGUUAGAGAUGGAGAAAGUGAUGUACGAGCAUGCGAAAGCACUCGGCAUCACACUCAUGACAGUCAGUCACCGAAGAAGUUUGUGGAAGUAUCACAGCAAGAUUCUACAGUUUGAUGGGCAGGGAAAGUACAUCUUCACCAAGUUAGAUGCUGACAAGAGGAUGAAGUUGGAAGACGAGAAGGAGGAAUUGGAGAUGCAUCUAAGACAAGUGCCAGAGAUCGAAAGGAGGAUUGCAGAAUUGACUGCUGCGUGAUUUUUGCCUCUGGCUGGGCUGUACAUAUCAAGUGGCGUUCUAGGUUGGCCCAGGCUCGGGGAACGGUUUUACCGGGAAAGAAUUAAGUUUUCCGUUCGAAUAUUCCGAGUUCUGGUCUCCGCUCUGAUCCAGAGAUGCAAUCAUUUCUUCCCGAUGACAUGCUGCUUGCUCGAAAGAUGACAGUGGAAUGACAUGCUUUGCGAU